UGGAUAGUCCACUGAAAGCGACGACUGUAGAGAGAGAAAGCGGAGGAGAGAGAAAGUAGAGAUCAGCGGUAUCGCCUCCGCUCUCUCCUUCCCGCGCCUCCUCAAACGAGGGGGGAGAGAGAGAGAGAGAGAGAGAGAGAGACGAAAUCGAAGCUCCCUCCAAAUUCGCUGGUCAAAACCCUAGCUAAAAGCUCAGACUUCAGAGGAGCAAGAGUUUUGAUUGAAUGGAUCAGUAUGAGAAGGUGGAGAAGAUUGGGGAAGGGACUUAUGGUGUUGUUUACAAGGCUCGAGAUCGUCUCACUAACGAGACUAUAGCUCUGAAGAAGAUAAGGUUGGAGCAAGAAGAUGAAGGAGUUCCGAGUACUGCCAUUAGAGAGAUCUCGCUGCUCAAGGAAAUGCAGCAUGGGAACAUAGUCAGGUUACAAGACGUUGUCCACAGUGAAAAGCGGAUAUAUCUUGUAUUUGAGUACCUCGACUUGGACCUCAAGAAGCAUAUGGAUACUUGUCCCGAUCUGGCUAAAGAUCCCCAUAUAGUAAAAACAUUCCUCUAUCAAAUUCUCCGUGGCAUUGCUUAUUGUCACUCACACAGGGUCCUUCAUCGGGAUUUGAAACCUCAGAAUUUGUUGAUAGAUCGGCGAACUAAUUCUUUAAAGCUUGCAGACUUCGGAUUGGCCAGGGCAUUUGGCAUUCCAGUCCGAACAUUUACUCAUGAGGUGGUCACAUUGUGGUAUAGGGCGCCUGAAAUUCUUUUGGGCUCUCGCCAAUACUCUACUCCUGUAGAUGUGUGGUCAGUGGGUUGUAUUUUUGCAGAAAUGGUGAACCAGCGACCUCUGUUCCCUGGAGAUUCUGAGAUCGAUGAACUGUUCAAAAUAUUCAGAGUUUUGGGCACUCCAAAUGAAGAUACAUGGCCAGGUGUUACUUCCUUGCCUGACUUCAAGUCUGCUUUUCCAAAGUGGCCUCCUAAGGAUCUAGCAACAGUGGUCCCAAGCCUUGAACUGGCUGGAAUCGACCUUCUUUCUAAAAUGCUUCGGCUUGAACCAAAUAAAAGAAUCACAGCUCGGCAGGCUCUUGAGCACGAGUUCUUCAAGGACCUUGGGAUGGUGCCGUGAGUUAUGGUCGUUUCCCCUUCCCACUGUAUAUUAUUAAAAUCACUACGUUAAGAUUGCGAUUUGUUAUUGUUAGUGUGAUUCCUUACGUAUGUUUUCAUUUUUAUCGAAGACCGGAACUGGUUUGUGUGAGAUAAAAAAAAA